AUGUACGGACAAGGAACCAUUCCUACCCAGAGCUAUGGCUAUGCUCCUGCUGGUCAAGGCGGCUUUGCCGCAAAUCAGGCUUACGCGCAGCAAUACGGAUCACCCCUUUCCGCCCAAAUUGCAAAUGCGGCACUAGCGCAUCAAGCUCAAGCACCUCCUUCACAGCUGCAACAUCCUGCCAUGUCGCAGGCAGCAGCCUUGCACCAAGCACAAUUACUGGCUGCUCAGCAAGCUCAGAUGCACUACCAGCUCCAACAGCAGCACGCCUACGCACAGCAGCAAGGCUUGGCGCCUCAGGCGCAGCAGUACCCACGCAGUCCCAGCGGCUCUCCCACUAGAGCUCCGGCUGCUGCUGCGUACGCUCCAAGAUCCCCCGGCCGAUCCCCAUCUCCUCAGCCUCCUCAUGCUCAGGCUGCAAAUAGCAAUGGGCCGCAAGCGAUGCAAGGCGUCAUGUCUACGCCUUCAACGACAAGUGCUUCCUCUCCAAAGACGUCGGCUCCAACGUCCACUGCGGGUGAUAAAGGAGACGAUUACGUCUACUUUGAGAGAGCGACGCAGGGCAUGGCAAAGACAACGCUGGACGCGGCCACAGGUGCCAAGUUGAAGUUGGAGCACUUUUACAAGGUUGCUGUAGAGCAGGCCAUCGAGAGGAGUCAGAGACGGGUCGAAUUAGAGAAGCGCCUCGCAUCAGAGACUGGUACGUCCGAUGAGCGCAAGAACAGGCAACUGACUGCGCUGGGCAGAAGGGAGUCAGGAUUUUUGCGGUUGCGCAGAACGCGGCUGGGCUUGGACGACUUCAGGACUGUCAAGGUGAUCGGCAAGGGCGCAUUUGGAGAAGUGCGACUCGUGCAAAAAGUCGACACGGGCAGAAUCUACGCGAUGAAGACUUUGAAGAAGAGCGAAAUGUUCAAGAAGGACCAGCUUGCGCAUGUACGGGCGGAGAGAGACGUUCUUGCAGAGUCGAACUCUCCCUGGGUUGUGCAGCUGUACUACAGCUUCCAAGACUCUCAGUACCUCUACCUGCUCAUGGAAUUCUUGCCGGGAGGCGACCUCAUGACAAUGCUCAUCAAAUACGACACUUUCUCCCACGAUGUGACUCGCUUCUACAUGGCCGAAUGCGUGCUAGCCCUGGAAGGCAUCCACAAAUUGGGCUUCAUUCACAGAGACAUCAAACCGGACAAUAUCCUCAUCGACUCCAAGGGCCACAUCAAGCUUUCAGACUUUGGUCUGUCUACUGGCUUUCACAAGCAGCACGAUUCUGCCUACUAUCAACGACUAUUUGAUGGUAACAACAGCAACCCGCAACAGAGUGGUCGCAACAGUGUGGCGGUCAAUCCAAUCACUCUCACCCUCAGCUCCAAAGACGCCAUUGCGACCUGGAAAGCGAACAGGCGAAAGCUGGCCUACUCCACCGUGGGCACACCAGACUACAUCGCGCCUGAAAUCUUCCUGCAGCAAGGCUACGGCAACGAGUGCGAUUGGUGGUCAUUGGGUGCGAUCAUGUUCGAGUGCUUGUGCGGCUAUCCACCAUUCUGCUCCGAAAAUGCGCACGACACGUACCGCAAGAUUUUGGCGUGGAGGGAAACGCUGCAAUUCCCGGAUGAUAUUCAUCUGAGUCCGGAAGCGGAGGAUCUGAUCAAGAGAUUCAUCUGCGCGCCCGAGAAUAGGUUGGGAAGAAAUGGAGCGACAGAGAUCAAGGAGCACCCCUUCUUUGCGGGAGUGGAUUGGGACUCGAUCAGAGCGAUCGAUGCGCCAUUUGUACCGCAGCUCAAGAGCGUCACCGAUACUAGCUACUUCCCCACCGAAGAUUAUCAAGACGUGCCAGACGUACCGGCCGGCGCAGAUGUCGGGCCUGGUGCUACGAGAGACCUGGCCUUCCUGGGCUACACGUUCCGUCGGUACGCUAUCGAUGCUCCUGACGCUUACUGA